CUAUUGAGCUUUGCCUCUUGGUAUCCAUAAGUUACUCUUUGUUUGCGUGUCGACCGGCUACAUUCCCGCGCUGGCCCACAGGAAAUGCCGCGUUUUACCUCACAACAAGAAGGGAGGGGGAGGAAGAGCUGAGAGUCUCAUAGGAAGAGGUAGAGCGCAGGUAGAAAGAGAAAGCAACAUGGCGGAGAACCCAAAGAAGCGGCUGAGACACGGUUCAGAAGUGGAUUCUACCACAAAGAGAAAGCCUAGACGUUCGGCUGAAGGUCUGUUAGCAAAGAAGGAAAGUGACCGACGGAGAAGGCAAACAAGGAUUUGUAUUGGCGUAGCUUUUCCUCGGUGGAGAGCCCUGAAGGAAGAAAUUGGGCUGAGGGCAGACACGGAUGUUGCCUUGCUGCUGUUGGAUAAUUAUGCCAAGUAUAGCAUGAUGAUGGCUUCUGCUGGAACAUGUAGACAAAAGCCAGCGGCACCAUCAAGACCUGGACGUGUAGCAGCUGCAAGUUUUGUGGAGAUGGAGGUCACCAUGGAGGAGGAGGAGGAGGAGGAGGAGGAAAGCAACCGUGUGAAGAACAGACUAUCUGACUUGGAGAGUGAUAUGGAAAGCACCACAGAAUCGACUGAGCUGAGUGCUCCAGGAGCUGAUAACAGCUGUGAUGGAGACGUCUACGUACCAGUAAUGCCUCAGAGUCACAAAACAUCUGAACUUAAACUGGAGUGUGAAGAAGAGGAGCUGGAGCCAUGGCAGAAACACACUUUACAUGUUCGCUUGAAAGAAGAGCAUGAUGUUGGAGAGUUGAGUGAUGACAAAACAGAUUGUAAACCAGAUCCUUCGUCUCUUCAGAGCUGGGCAGCUGGUCAGCACACUGUGACACCUGAAGCCUGUGGCGCUUUCCACACUUUUGAGGGACAUCUAAUCAGCAGCAACCCUGUGUCCUUAUCCAGUGUCCAGAGUCCUGAAGUAUAUUCAGCAUCAUCUGACAAACUGCAGUCAGACCAGUCCAACUCACAGACCCUCUCUGUACCUUUUCCUCCACCAUGCCUUACUGCGAUUAAACUUGAACCAAAUGGAACAUGAAACAAUAAAUAAACAUAAGGGGAAGUUCACAAGUUACAAUUACACACAAUUUGUUGUCGAACAUAAAUGUGUCAUAUCUGAUGCACAAAUUGAUAACUUGCAGAUUAUUUGCACAUCUAAGUGUUGUCUCCUCCGACAUGACAACAGUCUGGGGAACCCUGUUCAAAACACCCAUUACCUCAUUUUCCAUGUCCACAUAAAACAAAUCAGUUUUGUAAAACUUUGGUACCAGUCUUUCGGUUAUAUACUACCUCAUAUGUACAGGUUUGUAAUACAGUGUAUAGUGAAAUAAAUUCUUAAAUUAAAACCCAUUUCCAUGUAAUUUAUUGUUUCAAUCAAAUGAAUGGUGUUGGUUCACAGUUUCUCUGAUAUAUAUCAGAGUUGAACCUGGACUCUAUUUUAACAUGCUCCUCUACCUUGUUCAGACCAAAGCAGCAGCCCUGAGAGGAAAUGCAUGUUUACUUUUGGAUUUUAUGAGUCACACCACCCAUGUGACCUGGAUGUGGUCAGAGGCAGUGCAGGUGAACUUGGGUCACUCUGUAGAGUACUGUAUGCAUCAAUUACGGAGGGCAAACUCAACAUGUUUUCUAGCCCUCACACCCGUAACUUCUGAUCCUCUCUGUCACAAACAUGCUCGAAGACCAUUGUAGUUAAAGUGGACACAUUAACUUAUCACAGAUUACAUCAUUUAAAAACAUUUGACAUCAAGGAUCUACGCUACCGAUAUUGUCAAUGCUGUUCUCAAAGUUGUAACUCACUGAAGCCUUACUGUACUUAACUACAGUUGUAGAGCCCAGUCUUGUUUGACCCAGUAUCCAGUACACCCUGCCCCUGAUAAUCAGGUAUGAACAACAUGACUUGGGUGGGGAAAAGUACAUGGACUAUGUACACUAUGUCACUUUUUGCUUUGGAUGGGGAACUUUAUCAUAAUGCUUUAUGUGAGUUUUACUUUUGUCAGGAAGUGCUCAGCCUUCAUAUCCUUGACAUGAUGGAUCUCUGUACACAGAGUGCAGAUAUGGCCUGGAUAAACCCUGAAAAUAAAUGUGAUAAAAACUGAAAAGUGAGUAGGGUGUUUCAAAAGGCAUCUCGCUGAUUCAUAAAUUAACAAUUACAUCAAAAUAAAGAACAAUAUGGAAACCCACUAGAUUGAGUAUUCCUAUUUUAGCAAAAAUAAUAAGUAGAUAGGCUAUGAUAAUCAAACAGCUACAGUUACAGGUACUGUCUCUGACAAGGGCCUUUGUGUGAGGUUUAAAGGUCCAGUGUGUAGGAUUUAGUGGCAGUUAGUGGUGAGGUCUCAGAACUGAAACGUCUCCCAUGAGCCAAGCGUGCGGGGUAGGAUGCAAUGCACUGAACCCCCAACUGCCCAGAGUGUCUGUCCAUGGGCGGCCCCCUCACUCUGACAUCUCUCCAUUUAAUACAUGUAUAGGUCCUGUUUGUGCAUGUGCGUAUUUCAGGCCUGUGUGUAUAUGACAGAGUGAAAACAAUUGAAUUUCUCCUCAGGGAUUGAUAAAGUAUGUCUUCUUCUAAAUGUUUUUGUCUCUUUUCUGAUUUUGGUCUCCACUUUUACAAAGUAUUUGCCUGUAUUUUAUUGUGUUGUAUUAUUGUUGUGUAUUACUACAUCUCAGUAAUCCUUCACCUCUUGUUUAAUUUCUAAAAGCCUAAUAACCAAGGACAGGGGCUGCAAAUUAGC